AUGACAGCUCUUACGACAGCAAAGUUCCUUACUGAUCGCGUAGCCAUUGUGUCUGCCUCAACAAAGGGUAUUGGCUUCGCCAUCGCGAAGCGACUGGGAGCUGACGGAGCGUCUGUGAUCGUCAGUAGCAGGAAGUCGAAAAAUGUCGAGGACGCCGUUUGUGCCCUACGAAUGGAAGGUAUUGACGCCGCAGGAAUACCGGCUCAUGUCGGGGUUAAAGAGGACAGGAAGAAACUUAUAGAUUUUGCCAUCGAUAGAUAUGGCAAACUCGACAUUCUGGUUUCCAAUGCAGCCGUCAAUCCUCAUUUUGGUGAUAUUAUGAGCAUUUCUGAUUCGCAAUGGGACAAGCUUCUUCAGAUCAAUGUGAGGUUUUCUGCGAUUUUUUCACACCAUUUGAAAGCUUCACGU